AUGGCACGGGAACUGCGGCUCACCAGAGCUCGCAGCUUCCGCAGUGAUUGGAUCGAGAAAUCUCCAAUAUCAGACGCUCCGGGAGACAGCCGGCGGACAAUGGGCAAAGGAUCCUCGCACGGGUGUGAGAGCUGGCCGGGGGACCGGAUUCUGGAACAGGCCACUCGCGGGGCUCAUCGGCCUAAAUGUCUCAAUGGGAGUGCCGGGGCGAGUCCGGUUCUGCUUUCUGCAUAG